AUUACACGACCUGUCACCAUUACCAUCAGGCACGAUUGACAAUAUUUGACAAAAAAGAUACAGGAGAGGCCAGGCGAAUGGAAGCUAGGCAGCGUUUCUGCGAAGACUGCCUGCUGUGCUGGGCCUAUGCCCGGAUGUAAGUAUGACAAAAUAAUACUUAGCUACUGUUCCAUGCUUGCUGGGCCCAAGCACAAUACCAUAUAAACACAACUUUCCCGCACUCUGAAACUCUCGCGCGCAACCACCAAAUGCAACGACCACAACCGCCGGAUGGUUUCUUCUCCUGUGUUUUGCUGCAUUUUUGAGUUGAUAUCAGUUCUACUGAUUCAGUUUCAUAUUUUCCUACUGAAUGAGGUGUUGAUGAGGUGAGGUGAACUACUCUUGAAUAAGGUGUCGAAUCGCCUACGUUUGUGCUCCCUGACUCUUAGCUGUUCAGAGCUAGUAUGCUCAUCAGCCCGGUAGCCCAGCAACACUCGUGCAGCAGCGUGCAGCCACCGUCGGAGCCCCCAAGCUCCUCAACCGACACCAGCAGCAGCAUCAACAGCGCCGAUAGCGCCGGCGGCAGCGGCCGUUGCCCUCCCGCGGCCGCCGCGCUUGCGGCGGCGCUGCUGCUGCUGCUGUCAUUGGACGGCGCCGCGGCAGCCGGAUUGCUAGUCGCAGCAGCAAACGCCGCCGCAAUGGCUUCGUCAGUGCUGAUGAGGCUGCCGCCGUCGGCGUCGGCUGCCGGCAGGCCCGUAUUACUGCAGUAUAUUACUGCAAUCGCACUGGCUGCUGGCGGCUUCCUUGCUAGUAAGGGGCAGGCGGAUAGCCAAGCAGGCGGAGCCGGCUGGCUGCUGCACGGGCUAUUUGAGCGCACUCGGAGCUUUGUUAGCGAGGUGAUGGUUACGGCCCUCGUGGCUGCAUGCGUGGGGUAGUUAGGUUUGUGUGGUCGUUACUCUACAUACGGGGAAUGAAUAUCGGGUGAGGGGUAGAUGUAUUUAACUCUUGCAGACUGUGCAUAGGUAGGAAUUGCAUGCGGGGCGCGGCCGGUCAGCAGUGCUGCAAGCGUGGGGCAGGUGCGACGCAUUGUGCGAGCAUUGGGUGGCCGUGCGCCGUGUGUGUUUACCUGUCGAGUGGUUUUUGCUUCGAGACAUGUUUGGCUUGGUCUGAGUGCAUGCGGUAGCAACGAGUAAAGACCUCUUUUAUGUUUGCAAGGGCGUGCACGUGAGCCGCGUGUGUGCUCAAGAACAGCUGAGCGAACGUGACGGCGGAUGUCUGGUCCAGGAUGCGUGUCUGAAGAUACAACGCUCACUGUCGCCGCUCUGUGUAUGGUGGCUCCGGUGCGCCGGCGCUCAAUAAUGGCGAGUUGCAGUUCACAUCUAUCCAUGCUUCGCUGCCUGGGUCCUUUGCCUGGGCUACCCGGCGGCCUGCUGUCCUAGCUCGCUGUAAGUCAAUGCGGCC